CAUAGCCUGGCGUUAUCGAAGUCAAUUUGAAAAAAUAAAAUAAAAAAUAAAAUAAAAUCCAUCAUAAUGAACGAGUCCGAGCUUUGCAUAAAAAUUCAACCAAAACAAAACUUUCAUUUUCGGUAUGAGAGUGACAUAAAAAAACAAGGAAAUACACACGGUGUAUUGCAGGACCAACAAAAAGACAAAUAUCCUACAAUUGAAUUAAGUUUGCCAGCAAAUAAAAGAAAUAGUGAAUUUUUCGUACUUUGUUCUUUGCAUCGUUUUACAGACACCGUACCCAAAACUCUUUCGCCACAUCUUCUAAUGCGAAAAGGAGUAACGGAACUUAACUAUGAGUUUAUAUUUGAAAAAAUGAAAACGGUUGAAGACAAUCAAAUGAAGCGAGUCUGGGAGUUAAGAGACUGUGUUAUUGUGCGUAUAAAAAGCGAGGAAAAAACCAAGGAAACCAAGAAAACCAAGAAAACCAAGGAAUACAAGGAAUACAAUAAUUCCUUUACCAAUAAAAAGGCCGCAUACGAACGUUUACAAUUACCUUCGUUAGCUUUCGAAGAACUACUGGGAGAAUUGAAUUUAAAUGAUCCUAGUGAAGUAAAAGACAGUGGAAUAUUAAACGUCUGUCUGGGUUUUACGAUAUUCGAAAAAAAAGCUAAAGCAAAAUACGAUUUGUAUACGAAAACAAUUUAUUCCUGUAACAUCUAUCAUGGUGAUGAUUUAAGCAUCCACAAACUUUGUAAUACCAGAGGAAGUGUACUUGGAGGCACCGAAAUAACCAUCUUAAUCAGACUUGAGUCAAAUUUGCCACUUAAUGUUUUCAUAAAGAAAAUCGAUGAAAGAACCAGACAAACCGUAUGGUCCACAACCGUAAGAAGUUUACAACUAUUUGGUAAUGCUGCCGUAACGUUUACAAUGCCACCAUAUCAAGGACCCCCCAGUACGGAUGAAGAAAUUGAAGUAUAUAUGUGUGUUAUGGUGAAAAACACCACAUACAAAAGCGAUAAAGUCAAAUUCAUCUAUAUCAAUGAAAGGCCACGUAAACGUUCAAGAGUAACAGAACAACACGAUUACACUUCAGAACAAAUAGCAAAUGUAUCAAGGCAAUCGAGUGAUGUACGUUGUGUAUCAUAUGAUCAUGCAACUUUGCCGGAGUUCUCCUUCAACGCUGAGAAGAAUAUCGAUAUUCAAUUUAAAAUUGAUAAAUUUUUUAAAACUGCAAAGAAUCCUAAUCACAUUGUAUCAUGUGAACAUUUGUAUUCCAUAUUUUACGAUGCUUUAGAAUCGGAGGAAGCAUUCAAACAUCUUUAUAAAAUGGCCAAGGAUUCAAGUAACAAUAAGCUGGUUGCAGAUUUUCGCAAUGAAAAUGGUGAAAAUCUCUUGCACAUGGCGUGUCAAAUGAACAAGUUCAAGAGAAUACGUCCUUUAAUUGGAUUGGGAUGUCAUAUCAAUGAGCAGGACUACAUCGGAAGAACACCGUUGCACGUCGCUCUGGCUAAACAACAUAUCGAUUGUGUUGCGGAAAUUCUGUUUAUCUUCAACAACAUUUCAAAGUACCCCAAAGAAGUGGAAACUGAUUUAAUGAAAAUGAUUAGGGCCUACAAUCACGAUGGCCAUACAGUUUUACAUGCCGCCAUGCUCGGCCAAUAUAAAGAAUUAUGCGAAGCUAUAUUGAUGUUCAUGCAUAAACACGAUAUGAAUGUUUUGGACGUUGAAGUGUUGGGAAGUGGUGAUUCCAUUGCACAUUUGGCUGUUAAACACAAUCUUAUGACGAUUCGACCUCUUAUAGAAAAAUAUGUGUCAAAUUAUAAGAUGGUUAAAAAUUAUGCUGGCAUAAUGGUGCAGGAGUUGGAAGAUAAAAUGUUGGAAAAAUUAAAAAUCUAAAUGGAUAAAAUGCCAAACAUUUUCUGACAAAUUUGACUUACGAAUCGAAACUGUAACGGGCUGUUAAUUAUGGCUGAUUAAAAUUAUUAUUAAAAUUUAUAAACAUUUAAAAAAAUUACAAUGUAGAAUUAAAUAAAACUUUUUUAUUUGAUAAACAAAAUAUAUUUUCUUGGAUAACGAUAGCUUAGCGACUCGAUCCUUUGUAAAUGUAUAUUUUUAACUUAACUAAAAAAAAUAAUUAACUAACAAAAAUGUAUGGUAUCAAUAAAAUAAACAUUAUUACAAAAAGGUA